CCGGCAGUGACGUCAUCACGCGGCGCGGCGGCCGGGCAGGAGGGCGGCGAGGGGCGAGUGCAGAAUGAGUGAAGUGGAGGAACUGCAAUUAGUUUCAAUACUGAUGUGUUCAUCAAAAUUGUUUUUGGCAUAGGAGGCUGAACAUCCUUUCUCUUUUUGGAGACAUCAUAUGUAAGAAAUGUCUAAGGCUUUGUAAAACUUUUGCCCAGUAGACUGGAACAUGGAAACACAGCAAGACCCUAUGAAGGAUGACUUGCCCUUAAUGGCCAACACUAGCUACAUGCUUGUAAAACACUAUGUACUGGAUUUGGAUGUGGAUUUUAAAAGUAAAGUUAUUGGAGGUGUCAUAGUUUUAUUCUUUGAGACUGGGAGCCAGUACAGGAAAACCAGCAGCACUGGCAAAGAAGUCUGCCAGUCACAGGUUGAUGAAACCUGUAAAAUGAGGGCAUCUGAACCCUGCCACGUUCCUGCAACAAAUGCAAGUGCCUGUUCGUCUAAAAAGGAAUAUAAAGAUUUUACUGCCUAUGGUAAAGGUGAAGAAGAUACUUCUGAUAGAAAUGGUAACCAUAGCAACAAGGAACAGACUUCUGGGAUUUCUAGUUCAGAGGACUGCUGUGACACAGAGAAUCCUGAGAACAAGGAUUUUCUGCUGGUACUGGACUGCUGUGAUUUAGCCGUGCUGAAGGUUGAGGAGGUAGAUGUUGCUGCUGUGUCAGGCAUUGAAAAACUGACUAGGCUGGCCAAGCCAAAUGAUGUUUCAAAGGAGCUGGAAAAUCUCAGGAAUCGGAUUGUUCAUGAACUUGUGACUUUGCCUGCAGAUCGCUGGAAGGAACAGCUAUACUAUUUUACUUGCUGCAGCCAAGCACCUGGUUGUGGAGACCUUCUAUUUACUACUGGUCCUUGGAGCUUAGAGAUAAGGAAAUCAGGAAUUCAGACUCCAGCAGACUUUCCUCAUGCAAUAAGAAUAUGGUACAAAACCAAACCGGAGGGAAGAUCUGUUAUAUGGACCACAGACCAGAGUGGCAGGCCAUGUGUUUAUACAAUCGGAUCACCAAUAAACAACAGAGCCCUUUUCCCAUGCCAAGAACCACCUGUUGCCUUGUCAACUUGGCAAGCUUCAGUCCGGACAGCUGCAGACUUUGUUGUGUUAAUGAGUGGUGAAAACUCAGCAGAACCAGUCCAGCUUCAAGAAGGUAUCUUGAGCUGGUACUACUAUGUGACUAUGCCAAUGCCUGCAUCCACCUUCACUAUUGCUGUGGGGUGCUGGCAAGAAGUUAAACAGCAGUCCUCCACAGCUCCUGUCCAGACAAACAUUGAGUUUUCCUUGCCGUAUUCAGACGAUGAUUUCAGAUGUGCUCAUGUGGAAUAUCCCUGCCGUUUCCAAAAUCCUGCUGCCAGGUUGCAGGCAGUCAUUCCUUAUAGAGUCUUUGCUCCCUGGUGCCUUAUGGAACACUGCAAAGAACAUUUGCUUCAGCUAAUUCCUCAGUGCCUCUCAGCUGCUUACACCACACUGGGUACCCACCCCUUUUCCAGGCUUGAUGUUUUGAUAGUUCCUUCCAACUUUUCCAGCCUGGGAAUGGCUAGCCCACACAUCAUCUUCCUGUCACAGAGUGUUUUACCAGGAGGGACCCAUCUCUGUGGGACACGUCUGUGCCAUGAAAUUGCUCACGGUUGGUUUGGACUGGCCAUUGGUGCUUGUGAUUGGACCGAAGAGUGGAUCAGUGAAGGGUUUGCCACUUUUUUGGAAGAUAUUUUUUGGGCUAGGGCACAACAGCUGUCACAUGAUGAAGUAAAGGAGCAGCAGGAACUGAAAGCUUUACUUCGCUGGCAACGACUCAGAGAUGAGGUGCAGAACUCUGAAGAAGAACUGCAAGUUUUAAGGCCCAAAAAGGAAAGCACAGGAGAACUGAGUGAGUCCGGAGCAUCUCUUGUCAAAUAUGGUCUUAAAGCAGAAAAAAGCUUCAUGCAGGUUCACUAUUUGAAGGGUUAUUUUCUUUUGCGGUCUCUGGCAAGGACAGUAGGAGAGGAUUCAUACCUUGUAUGUUUACGAAAAUUUGUCCAUAAAUUCCACGGACAGCUUGUCCUUUCUCAGGAUUUUCUUCGCAUGCUGUUGGAAGACAUCCCUGAACAAAAAAAAUCUGGGUUAACUGUAGAAAGUAUCCUCCAGAACUGGCUUGACACUUCCGGAAUACCAAAGCCUUUGCUGGAGGAGGGCGAAACGUGGAAGGAGUGUCGGCUCGUCCUGCAAGUGAGCGGCGAGGUCACAAAAUGGAUUCAGACAAACCAGAGGAUAAGGAAAAGCAGCAAAAAGAAAAGAAAACAAGAUGAAGUCGUUUUCCAAAAGCAAGUUCUAAUACAUGAUGGAUGACAUUUCUGUACUGAGCCAUUGUCAAAUCAAAGCAACUGCUUCUGCAUCCAAGUACAAAAUCUAAGACAGAAAAGUAACUCCGUAUGGAAUAAGUGAAAGCAUUUUGGAGGAAAGGUUGCUGACUACUGCUGGGGAAUUGCUUCUUGAAAAAGAAUUGCCUUCUAAACAGUUAAGCUUGUAGGAGCUGACUUUACAUACACAUAUAUGUAGUUAAAGAACAUUCAAAGAAGCCAUGUGCUGGAUAAGAACUAUGUUAAAUGGUAGCAUUAAUUAUUUUUUCUUAGCAUCUUUUAUUAAAAUCUUUCCUGCUGCUUUUUCAUCCCUCCUUUUCUUUCUCGGUUCUCCUUUGUCUCCUUCGGUCACCUCCAGUACUGUUCAUUACUUUCUGUUUACUUUCAGGUUCCUUCUGUUUCCAAAGAUUCUCUUGCUUGCCUUAUUUUCUUUUUUUAGCACCCUGUAAAAACUCUUCUCCUGGCAUGUGUGCAUGCACAUACACAAGUUUAAACCAACUCACCCCUUGCAUUUCUGCUUUUGUCACCCUUCCUGUUUUCAUGUGUUCUUUACUCAUUUAAUCUUGCACUGUCUCUUCAUCUUGUCAUUUAGCUGGUCAGCACCUCUAGCAAUCAGUAUGUGUAUCAAUCAGGAUUUGUUUAUAUGAAGAAACUGGAGAAUUAGAACAGAGCUUGGGAAGAGUCUGUUGGUUAAAAUUAGUGUUGUUUUAUUAUGAAGAGUGUGAUAGAAAUGCUAUGUUAUCGUUGUUUUUUUUGUUGUACUGCACUGUGCCUGCUUCAAAACAGAUUCCAUUAUCUAUGUCGGUGCUGAGUGUUAGGCAAAAGAAAAUGAUCUUUCACUCAGGCUAGUGGAAUUGUAAGCAUGUAAUCUGUAUCCAGAGUGGAAUUCAAGGGGAAAUAUACCUUUAUUAGGAGACAUUCACUUUUACAUGAAGUUUAGCAUUAAAACAUAAAAGCUGCUUUGAAAGUAUUCCAGUGAUAGAAAAAGUGUCAUAGGAUAAGAUACCAAGUGUAAACAGCAGUGAGGGAGAGCAUUGAAAUGUAUGCGUAUAUAUAUAUAUACUGGGUGUGUGUAUAUAGGUAAGGCGAUUCAUACAAAUUAUCCAAAUAAUCACAGUUGCACUUACCUGUUCCAGUUCUGUUUCUGUUAUCAGUUUUAGGUUGAUUCUAUACUGAAACUUUGAGCAAUAAUUCAACUUUUCUAAUAAUUUCUGCUGCUUUCUCCAAAAUGCUCUUUCCAUGUUUUUAAAGUUUAUCUGGUAGUUUACAAUAAAGGUGAUUGUCUUAGAUUUUUUCUGUUGGUUGCUGAUAGUUUUUCUCACUCCAGAGAUUCACAUUUGUCAGUAUUUAAGCUCUGUUAAUAACCUAAGCAAAAAUUAUUGUGUUGAAUAGCUAAGUUUCUAAUAAAAAAAAAUUUUAAACCCAACACAGUUAUGAUAUGUAUGACUAAUGCUAAAUGCUGUAACUCUUUUGUCCUUUUGACAACUACUUCACCAGACACAAAACCAAAUCUCAUCAUUCAUUAAAAUGAGCUGUGGUUUUACACUUCAAGCAGAAAUUUUUUUGAACACUUAGCAAAAAUAGGUAUGGAGGACUAAAUAAUGUAGUAAAAGAGUGCACUUUUUUCUCCUAGGGAAUAUAUUCAGGAUUAUGUGCUUCUGCUAAUUCAGUUAAAGGAAUAUUAACAUGAUGCAUUAAAAUUAAAAUUUUAGUUGCUAUGUAUUUUUCGUUUCUCUGGAUUAAUAUUUUUACUUUAAUCUGCCAGACUGAGAAUCAAAGCAAGGAUCAAAUCUGAAUACGUCUCCUGUGUUUGUGCAGUGUAUAACGCUUAGCAACAUGGUAGGAAGUUUUAAAGUAUUCGUCAGAGUGUUCAGUUGAGUCAUUUGCUGUACCUUACUUUGCCAAAUUCUGUUCAUUUCACAGAUCUUCCUAGGAAAUCUGUAAAUGUUUUUCCUGGCCUUCACUGGUUACAGUUAACACAUAUAAUUCCUUGGGAAACAGGGAUUCAGACAGAAAAUUUUAUACUCACUUCAUGUACCAGAGCUGAAUUGCAGUAAAUUUUGCUAAGCUAUCCAAGAAAUAGAACUUAUAAUUAAAAAAAAAAUCACCCCAAACACAUAUGAAUAUAAUUUUAGGCCAUUAAAAUGAAACAUUUCAGCUCCUUAAAAAUGUCUGUAUUUAUAGAUUGUUUGGAAACCGUACUUGCAUAGCUCAAAAAAACCCUAUUAUUUUUAGAAUAGUGAUGCUUCAAAGUUUAGACUUAGUAGAACAAGAAAAUACAAUAUCUAUAUGUGAAAAAAUAUAAAAAUUUGAGUAGAAUUUUUGGUUUAGCCACAAUAAUACAU